UCCGAGUUUUUGGACUUGUGGUUUUAUUGUGAAAUGUGCCGGAAAAUGUACGUGUGCGCAGCCUCUGACUUGACGCCGGUGCAGCUGCCGCGGAGCCACUGACGCACAGUCGAAAUUGUCGCCUGCGACUGGGACCCGGCGCUGCAACCGCCUCGCACCGCGGAUCAUUGUUUACCCCGUAUAGAGAGGCGGACACAGCGGAGCCGCCGACGCGGUUCCAUCGUCUGAAUGUGAGGAAUAACGUCUGAAUUGGACAGGAGACGGUUCUUCCGUCGAACAAACCGAGCGGGAGUCGAGCGCUCAGGGGAUCGAUGUGAUUUUUGGCAGAAAAGUCAACCGCUUUAAAAUGGCAACCGCCGCCCGCUCUCGGGGCCUGUAGACCGAGAGUCAGCUGGCCUCGCAUGUGUCCUCGCCACCUCCUGUAGCAGCACAACACUGAGAUCUUCUCUCUCUGCUGUGUAGACAUCAUGUCAUCGACCCAAAAGGAGAGCAGCGAGGGUGGCUGGGGCUGCUUGGAGGCCCUGGGUCUCAGUCAGAAGGAGCUGGUCCUAGCCGAGGCCCUGCAGAUGGAGUACGACGCCCUUUCCAGACUCAAGCAGGACAAGAACAGCACAGGGACCAACCAGACCCACUCCAAGACCCCGAAUCCCUCUGUUGACUGCCCCCGACCCACCCCCAGCCCGCCUGUUCCUGCCUCCGCAGGAGGAAGCCUGCCGCAGGGCCUCUCUGGAUCCGACUCCUCCCUGAACCAGCCUGGUGGGUCCCAGUCUCCACAUUCCAUCCCAUCCAGGGUGCCUCCUCCUCAGGGAGGCUACAUCAAAGAGUCCCUGUACAUCCUGGACAGUCCGGAGGUCAGCAAGUUCAGGGACCCUUCAGGUUCCAGCCUCAGGGACUUGCUUGGAUCUGGAGUAGGGCUUUUUCCCAAAGGCUUCCCCUCUCUUCCAGAUGAUGUCCCUCCGGCAAUCCCCCCGCGAAACCCCAUCCCCCAGUCGUCAGUGUCAGAGAACCCCGACCUGCCCCCUCGGGGGUCCACUAUGCCCCGCAAUGUGAAUCUGUUCACCCCUGAUGUGGAUCAGCCCAAAGUGACCUCAGGGGAGCUGAACUACGACAACAUCAAUGAGUCACUGUCCAGACUCAAUGGGAGUCGGGGGCCUCGAGAUCGGAGGGCGAACGGGGACCAAUCAGGGAAGCCUGUGGCUCGGAGUAAGACCCUCCCCCCUCAGGUACCACCUAGGACGUACCUACCUGUUCCCAAGAGCAACAAGAACCAGCGGCGGGUGUCUGCAGACCCGGUGUCCCUGGGCUCCAGGAUGCAUGGGUUUGGAUAUGAGCUGUUCCAGGUGUCUGAGGAGAGAGACGAGGAGGUGGCGGCUUUCUGCCACAUGCUGGACGUGUUACGCUCAGCAUACCCCCACAGCGACCUCUCGAAAAACGCCGGCUUUGUGUGGUCUCCAUCCGUUGGUCACGAGGAGCUUCAUCAGGGGCUGGGGGUCAGCGUGAAGGUCACCGUCAUCAGUGAACACUUCAGAGAGCCACUCACCUUUACCUGCGAUGGUUCGUCCACGGUGGACCUGCUCAUCUACCAGACUCUAUGUUAUGCUCAGGAUGAUCUGGAUCACCUGGAUGUGGACGAUUACCUGCUCAAGGUCUGCGGACACGAAGAGUUCCUCAACAACUCUCAGACUCUGGCCGGCCUAGAGUUUGUUCAGCAGUGUCUGAAGUUCGACCGGGAUGUCCGCCUGUUUCUCACCAAGCGAUCUGCCAUCAGAACAGAGCUGGCCCGCAUGAAAGACGAUGACGAGACGGCGUCCACCAUGAACCACAGCAUCCUGCUGCAGGAGCGUCCAAUCAAACAGACUGUCACCAGAGAGGCUCUGACUCUGCUGCUGGACACUUUUCACAAUGAAGCCGAGUCCUUCCUGCUGUCAGAGGUGGAGCUGCCGUUACACGUGGAGCGUCUUGUCCAAUCUGUGAAGGUGCUGUGCAGCUCGUUAGCAGCUGUGGAGACACCAGAUGUGACCUCUGCCCUCAGCCAACUCCCAGCGUGCCCCUGUCGCCUGCAGCCCAAAGUCCUGAAGGAUGCAUCAGUGCUGGCUGUCAGAGAGAACAGAGAGAAAGUGGUGGAGAAGUUGACGGCAGCCAUCUUGGAUCUGGUGGAGCUGUACUGCAGCACAUUUAAUGCCAACUUCCACACGACAACGCAGAGCCACAGCUGCAUGGCGCCGGUCCAGGAGGCUGGCCUCAUCACCAGCGUGCUGUCCUUCGACAUAUACGCCGCCCACCGCGUCCCCAUCACCUGGGCAGCCAGUUACGAGGGUUUCUUCCUGUCCUGCUCUCUGACUCAUGGAGGGGUGGAGCUCUGUGCGCCACAGCACACCAGCAAACAGUCGGUCAGCAAAUACCUGUUCCACCUGGUGGUGUGGGACCAGAGGGUAUGUUUCCCUGUGCAGAUCAACCAGCUGCCCAGAGAGUCUCAGCUGAUGGUGACUCUGUACGCCAGCUCUCUGCCACCCCCCGGAGGAGCUGAGGACAAGGGAAAGCAGCGGCGCAGCAUCGAGGCUUUGGGCUGGGUCACCAUGCCGCUCUUCAACUUCAGACAUGUCCUGACAUGUGGCAGGAAGUUACUUGGUCUGUGGCCUUCGACGCCGGGGUGGAGCGGAAAUGCUCGGACAAGUUCACCGAACUUCAGCCAGCCGGACAGCGUCAUACUGCAGGUGGACUUUCCCACCUCGUCCUUCGAGAUCCGGUUCAGUACCCCUCCUCCAGCAGACUUCUGUCCCCAGUACGACUUCUCCAGACUGGAUGCCCUCAGUCAGAUCCAGCUGCAGGACGUCCUGCACAAGAAGGCCUUCUUCUGGUUGACGGCAGAGGACAAGCGCCUGCUGUGGGAGAAGAAGGCCUUCUGUCAGUCGGAGAGUGCAGCACUGCCUCUGGUUCUGGCCAGCGCCCCCUGCUGGGAGUGGGCCUGUCUGCCUGAAAUCUACACCCUGCUGAGGCAGUGGGCCUGCCUGGGUCACCUGGACGCCCUGGGACUCCUCCACGCCUUGUUCCCGGACCAGGAGCUGAGGAGGACGGCUGUGCAGUGGAUGGAGUCCAUCUCAGACUCGGAGCUGGUGGACUUCCUGCCCCAGCUGGUCCAGGCCCUGAAGUACGAGUGUUACUUGGACAGCUCUCUGGUUCGCUUCCUCCUACGGAGAGCCAUCGGGGACAUUCACAUCGCUCACUACCUCUUCUGGCUGCUGAAGGACAACCUGCAGGACAGUCAGUUCUGCACUCGCUAUCAGCACCUUCUGGCAGCUCUGCUCUGCUGCGUCGGUCGAGGUCUUCGGGACGAGUUUGACCGCCAGUGUUGGCUUGUCUCCAUCCUCGCUAAGGUGGCUCACAAAGUCCGAGACGCCACGCCAUCCAGCAGACAGUCUGUCCUCAGAGAAGGUCUGGAGGAGAUGAAGCAGUUCUUCUCCAUCAACAGCAGCUGCAGACUUCCUCUGAACCCGGCGCUGCUGGUUACGGGAAUCAACAUACAGUCAUGUUCGUUCUUCAACUCCAACGCUGUCCCUCUCAAACUGUGCUUCCAAAACCUCGACCCUCUGGGAGACCAUAUCAAUGUCAUCUUCAAGUCAGGAGAUGACCUGCGGCAGGACAUGCUGACUCUACAGAUGAUCCGCAUCAUGAACAAGCUCUGGAUCCAGGAGGGUUUGGACAUGAGGAUGGUCAUCUUCAAAUGUUUUUCCACUGGUAGGGGGCGAGGCAUGGUGGAGAUGAUUCCUCACGCUGACACUCUGAGGAAGAUCCAGGUGGAACAUGGAGUCACAGGAUCCUUCAAAGACCGACCACUGGCUGACUGGCUGCAGAAACACAACCCCACUGACGAGCAGUAUGACAAGGCAGUGGAGAACUUCAUCUAUUCAUGCGCUGGCUGCUGUGUGGCAACCUACAUCCUGGGAAUUUGCGACCGCCACAACGACAACAUCAUGCUGAAGACCAGUGGUCACAUGUUCCACAUCGACUUUGGGAAGUUCCUCGGACACGCACAGAUGUUUGGAAACAUCAAGCGGGACCGCGCCCCCUUCGUCUUCACCUCCGACAUGGCGUACGUCAUCAAUGGAGGAGACAAACCAUCCAGUCGCUUCCACGAUUUUGUGGAUCUGUGCUGCGAGGCGUACAACCUGAUCAGGAAACACACACACCUGUUCCUCAACCUGCUGGGCCUGAUGUUGUCUUGUGGGAUCCCUGAACUUGCUGAUCUGGAUGAUCUGAAGUACGUCUACGAUGCUCUGAGACCUCACGAGUCUGAAGCUGACGCCACCAUGUACUUCACCAGGUUGAUCGAGUCCAGUCUGGGCAGUGUUGCCACCAAACUGAACUUCUUCAUCCACAAUCUGGCUCAGAUGAAGUUUGCCUCAUCGGAGGAUCGACCCAUGCUGUCGUUUGCUCCCCGAGUCCACACGAUGAAGAGCGAUGGCCUCAUCAGGAACCUCUACAUCUGCAGACACAUCCGCACCGCCAGCCCCAGCAAAGGAUAUGCAUUUGUGGUGAAGGUGGAACGUGAGGGGCAGCAGGAGGUGCAGCUGGUUCAGAGGACCUUUGAAGAGUUUCAGGAACUUCACAGUAAACUGAGACUGAUCCUGCCCUCGUUCAAACUGCCCAGUUUCCCCAGCCGCUUUGUGAUUGGCCGGUCCCGAGGUGAGGCGAUGGCUGAUAGGAGGAAAGACGAGCUGAACGGUUACAUCUGGCACCUGAUCCAUGCCGCCCCAGAGGUCGCUCAGGGUCACCUGGUCUACGCCUUCUUCCACCCGCUGCCCAGAGACGAGAGACCUGGAACAACAGCCAGCAGACCAGCAGAGCUCUCGUGGUCUCCGGCUUCAGGGAAGGAGCUCGGUGAAGUUAAACUCUCCAUCUCCUACAAGAAUGACAAACUCUUCAUCAUGGUCAUGCACAUUCGAGGCCUGCAGCCCCUGCAGGAUGGGACAGACCCAGACCCCUACGUGAAGCUCUACCUGCUCCCAGACCCUCAGAAGACCAGCAAGAGGAAGACCAAGGCAGCACGACGCACCUGUAACCCCACCUACAAUGAGAUGCUGGUGUAUGAGCGGAUCCCCCGAGGGGACCUGGACCAGAGGGUGAUACACCUGCGAGUCCUGGGCGAUGGGGCUUUUUGGGAGAACACCCUGCUGGGAGAGACCUUUAUCCCCCUGAAGAGGUUAGUCCCAGGUCAGCACUGGGUGGACUGGCACCAGCUGGGUGCCGCUGGCUUGGACUCCACCCACUGAUGGACAGGAAGUAGCAGAUUUGAAAGAAGGGAAGAAGAGAAGUCAUCCUCAUGAGAACAGAAGAAUGAAAGGAAAACCUUUUCAAAGGAAAGCCUUUGGCAGUUCCUCCCUCUGUGUUUGAGGGAGUUUUGUGCAUUGAAAAGACAAAAUCUGGACUUUUUAUCUCUAAUUUAUUGGCUUCAAACACUAAUUUAAGACAUUUUUUUGCCAGAGUUUAGGGUACGAGGAAGAUUUUUUGUCCUCGCCACUGAUCUGAUCCUCUAAACUGUCAAACUUUUUAGUUGAAAUUUCAGUGAAGUGACUUCAAAGUUAAUAAGUUUAUCUAUGUUUUACAAAGUAUCAUAAGUAUGUGAACACUAAUGAAAACAGUUUAAACUCCACAGGAUGUGGUAGUGUAGUUCAGAGGGUGAGAUUUAAUACUUUUAAUGACAAAUACCUUAAAACAAAGAUAAUUCCUAAUUUAAAUACAUAUGUGUUUAGACUGUGUAGUUUCAGUGCAGACGAAGUGUCAGAGGACCGAAAUGAAGGAGAAGCCACCUGCCCUGAAGCAACCUGACUUCAAACUGUUUCCUGAGAAGUGACUGAUUUUUAACAGUUUUUUGACUGAAGAAUGUUCAAACUAUUUCUUUGUCUGUGCCUGUUGCUGAGAUGUGAAAUUUGUGGAAGCUCAUUUUUGUCAGGGAAAGAAGGUAAAAAGGAAAAUAUUUGGAAACUCAUCCUUGUUCAGUCAGCGCACAUAGAGAUAUGCUGGGAGAUGCACUUUCAUGGGUGAAGAUGUUUUUGUCUGCAGGAAACAGCACGUUUACUAUUGGUUCAUAUUUUCCACAUUUUUAUUGUAACUGACAGACUUUUUUUUAAAGACUUUUUAAAGAUUUCCAUCUCUCUGCAGCAAUGUUCAAUGAAAUACUGCAUCCACUGAGUCUUUUUCUAGGACCGUAAACCAGAAUGCAAGAAGUCCAGUGAUGUUUUUCUGCAGCUAUUUGUCUCCUGAAAACAAAAGCUUGAGUCAGUCAGAGCAAACAAACACUCUGAGCCUCAACACAAAAUCCACCACAGAGAAGAAGUUUUAACUUUGUAAGCUGCAGGGCUUUGUGUACAUACAGAGCUUUAGCUGUGUUGCUAGCAGGAAGUAGCUGAUGCAGCUUAUCUUCUGUUUUUUCAUCCGAGCUCUAAAGAACCUGCUCAUCCUCUUGACUCUUGGCUGAAAUCAUCCUUUUGAAUGUUGGAUCACUGCUUGAACCUCCAGCUGUUUGUUUCUGUAUUUCAUUCCUAGUUUCUAAUCAUCUCUGCCCAUCAUUCUGUAUUUUUUGGAAAAGUUUGGUGACCAUUUGAAAACCGCCUCUUUAUGUUUUUAAGAAUCCAUAUGGAAGUGAGUUUUAAAAGGUAGCUGAUUUCUAUCCUGCAGGUUGUUUUUGUGCUGUAGACAAGAUAAACCGAGGGGGUGAACCUGCAACCUGCCCAGCACUCUUUUCCACAAGUAAGACAGGUUUCAGACAUUGUCGAUAGAUUGUGUGUGAGCCAUUAGAGACCACAUGAAGAACCUGUGCCAACCUCCAGACUCUGAGGAAGAACUCAAGAUAAAUUAGAUUUUAUCUUGGACCCUUUGUCAGCUGCAGCUUGACCUCAGCAGAUAACACAGAUAACAUCAGAGCUGGAGCCAUGAUUCAACAAGAGAAGUGCAAGAAA